ACUUAGGGGAAAAAAUCAUGUUCAAAAUAAGCCAUCUGAUUCUGCUUUAACUGAGCGUGGUUGCAGCAAGUGGUUUGAUGGACAGAGCGCGUUUGGUUUUCAUUAGAUUGUCUCGACACUGACCCCUUGCCCCAUCUACAGUAAUGUGAAACCAGUCCUCUGGCAGGCGCACUGUGCGGAAGAGAGCCGAGCAGAGCUGAUGCAGUCUGUACUGCUUUCACUACCCGGUCCACAGGCUGGACUGCGCUGCUGCACCAGAAGCUGCUACCCAAGUAGUAACACAGCCUACUACCAGAAAAACGCACAAUGGCCAGGAAGCAGUGUUAAUGAGCAUAGAUGGUAAAGCUGUGCAGACUUCGCUGAGGGACUUUUUUUUUUCUUGUUUGGUAUUUUUUUCCUGGAGGUGUGAUCUCGCAGUCAUGGUGUGCUGUCCGGCUCCCAGAGGUUUGCGGAGAGGCAGCUGGGGCUUCGCUCCUCUGCUGGCUGCCGUGCUGCUCACACUUCUGCUCGCAGGGAUGCAACAGACCACAGCGUUUCCCUCCUGGAGGUUAGAGGAAGAAGCUUACACCACUGUGUUGCUCAUCGGGAUCCGCAAAGAGGCCCGUUCACAAAUGCUUCACCUCUCCAGGAACAAGCGCUACACUCUCACCCCGGAGCAGCUGAAAUGGGACAAGUUCAAGCUAACAUACAAGUUGCUGUCCUACCCUACAAACUUGAUAAAUGCCAGCGACACGCGUCGAGGCAUUGCCAAGGCUUUCGGCAUGUGGAGCGAUGUCUCGCCGUUCAGCUUCAGAGAAGUGCCAGCUGACCAAGAGGCAGACAUUAAGAUCGGCUUCUACCCCAUCAACCACACAGACUGUCUGCAGUCCUACUUGCACCAUUGUUUCGACGGCAUCACAGGAGAAUUGGCUCAUGCAUUUUUCCCGCCAACAGGAGAGAUCCACUUUGACGACCACGAAUACUGGAUUCUGGGAAACAUGCGCUUCAGCUGGAAGAAAGGGGUUUGGCUGACGGACCUUGUCCACGUGGCAACGCAUGAAAUUGGCCACGUCCUGGGACUCAUGCACUCCAUGGACCCAAAAGCUAUAAUGCACCUGAAUGCAACUCUCACAGGGCGCAAGCUAAUCACACAGGAUGAAGUGUGGGGUUUGCACCGUCUCUACGGAUGUUUGGACCGGUUAUUUAUCUGUCCAGCCUGGGCUCGGAAAGGCUAUUGCGACAGCAAGCGCAAGCUGAUGCAGAAGCACUGCCCCUCCAGCUGUAAUUUCUGUUACGAUUUCCCUUUCCCUACUGUGGCUCCCACCCCGACACCCCCAAGGACCAAACACAAGCUGGUCGUCGAGGGCAAAAAGCUUACCUUUCGUUGUGGGAAGAAAAUAGCAUCUAAGAAAGGCAAAGUAUACUGGUACAAGGACGGCGAGCUGCUGGAGUACUCCCACCCGAACUACAUCUCCUUGAAAGACGACCACAUAACUAUAGUGGCCAACGCCAUCAACGAAGGCACAUACACCUGCAUUGUGAAGAAAAAAGACAAAGUCCUCACAAACUACUCCUGGAGGGUGCGCGUGCGCUUCUGAAGGCCGCGCGAACCCCUCUGCACACUGAACAGGACGCGCGCGCACACUUCUCACACACACACACACACGGUCACGAGGAGACCUCAUUCACUAGGGCACAUAUUUGUCGUUUUCCCCCUCAUCUUUACUUUCUACACACAACUGUAUCUUUGAUUAUUUGUCGUUGUGUAAAUUCAUUUUAAUAUGUGCAAAAAAAAUAAAUAAACG